AAAAUUAACACAUUCCAUCAUAAUAAGUCAGAUUCUUUCUGUUUGCUUCAAACAAUCCAGGUUUCACAAUGGGCUCCAUCAGUGCAGCAAAUGCAGAAUUUUGUUUUGAUGUAUUCAAAGAGCUGACAGUUCACCAUGCCAAUGACAACAUCAUCUUUUCCUCCCUGAGUUUGAUUUCAACCCUGUCCAUGGUGUAUCUGGGAGCAAGAGGUAACACUCAGUCUCAGAUGGAGAAGGUUCUUCACUUUGAUAAUGUUACAGGAGAUAGAGACUCCCAGUGUGGCCCUUCUGAACAAAUCCACAGUACACUGAAGGAUCUUCUCUCAGACAUCACCAGGCAAAAUGCUACGUACUCACUCAGGAUUGCUGACAGAAUCUAUAUUGACAAAACAUACCCUGUUCUUGAGGAAUACUUGAAGUGUGCAAAGAAAUUCUACAAAGCAGAGCUGGAAGAAGUUAACUUCAAAACAGCUGCAGAGGAAACAAGACAGCUCAUUAACUCCUGGGUGGAGAAAGAGACAAAUGGACGGAUUCAAGAUUUGAUUAUGCCAGACUCUGUUGAUCUCGAUACUGCACUGGUCUUUGUGAAUGCCAUUUACUUCAAAGGGAUAUGGAAGACCGUGUUUAGAGAAGAAGACACUCAGGAAGUGCCCUUCAAUGUGACAGAGCAAGACAGCAGACUUGUGCAAAUGAUGUGUCAGAACAGUACCUUCAAAGUGGGAAGAGUUGCUGCAGACAAAAUUAAGGUCCUGGAGCUUCCAUAUGCCAGUGGAGAGCUGAGCCUGUUGGUGCUGUUGCCUGAUGACAUCUCUGGCCUGGAGCAGCUUGAGAACAAAAUCAGCUAUGAAAGACUCAUGAAGUGGACCAGUCCCAGUGUGAUGGAGAAGAAGAGGGUGAAAGUGUACCUCCCACGCAUGAAGAUUGAGAAAAAAUAUAACCUCACAUCUGUCCUAACAGCCCUGGGUAUGACCGACCUGUUCAGCCCCUCAGCCAAUCUCUCUGGCAUCUCUUCAGCAGAGAACCUGAAGAUAUCUGAAGCCAUCCAUGAGGCGUACAUGGAAGUCACUGAGGAGGGCACUGAGGAGACUGGCUCAGCUGUUGUGACAGGAGAUAUCCAACAAUCCUCUGAGCUUGAAGAGUUUAGAGCUGACCACCCAUUCCUUUUCUUGAUCAGACACAAUCCAAGUGACAUGAUCCUCUUCUUUGGUAGAUAUUGUUCUCCUUAAAGAGAAAAAAAUCUGGAAAUAGUGAUUGCCUUUCCCUCAGAAACAGACCCCCUUUACUUUAGUAUUGUAGUAUAAUCUCAUCUCUUCGUUACUUUCUCUAGGGGGAAAGCCUUCAAUAUCUAUUGAGAUAUUCCAGAAGAUGCAUUUGACUUUUCAGAUCUUUAGGUGCUGGUAUUUCUGCUUACACAAGUUGUACUCAGGAUUUAUAUCCAGGAUUGAGUGAGAAUUCUGUGAGGUAUCUUAGAAGUAUUUCCAAUCAUCUUUGAGU